GACAAACAUAAAUAAUGGUCAGCGACUUCGGCAAAUUUCCAAUUGUUGCUCUCCUCUGCAACCCAACAUCUGGUCCAACUCUCCCCAAUCUGCAAGAUCCUGUCAGAUUCACAUAAGCAAUCGAUCCACGGAGUUCGAAAGUUAAGACACGAUACAGUGACCAUGGCUACCCAUUAUGACCUCAUUGUCGUGGGAUCCGGCUUUGCUGGAAGUAUGACCACGCUCAACUUCUUAGAACAAUGCAAGAAGGACAACAAGCCUGGACGCGUUGCCCUUAUUGAGGUGGGCAAGAAAGGCGAGCGUUGUGGUGCAUCGCGAUGGACCGGUGCAUUCCUGCGCAUGGGCCGAAACAACGAGUUUGACAUGGACUGGAUCAAAGAGAUGGAGCUCGUUAGCAAGGGACUUGCGGAUCUUGAGUACUGCCGCAAGCUGGGUGAGCUUGUACCGGGACUGGCAAAGUACCUUCUGGACCAUGGAGUUACUCUAACCUAUCAUCAUGAGAAGAACGUUCUCCUGGAGUUCGACACAAACCAACACUUCGUCUUCCCGGAUGGAGGUGGAAAUGCUAUCAUCAAUAAUCUCUUCAAACAUAUCGAGACAUACGAUAAUGUUGAUAUCUUCUGGGAGACUGAAGCAAUCAAGCUUCUCCAGUCACAAAGGGGAGAGAUCACUGGCAUCAGGGCCCGCAAGUCAGAUGGACGCUUAUACGAUAUCCACGGAGACCAUGUCAUGCUUGCUAGCGGUGGCUUUGAGGGAAACCAGGAGAUGCUUACGAAGUACGUGGGCAAUAGAACAGUGGAUCUCCCACUCAUUGCACCUGGACUCAAAUACAACCGCGGUGCUGGCAUCAACAUGGCCCUGGAAGUUGGCGCAGGGACAGCUGGCUCUUUUGAUGGACUGCACUGCGAGCUGGUAGAUACACGGGCAACCAAACCUGACGCCGUCGUUUGGGGCCAUAACUAUGGCAUUGUUGUCAAUAAGGAUUGCAAGCGGUUUUGGGACGAAGGCAGCCGACAUUUGUUCGCAACAUUUGAGAUGAUUGCUCUGGAAGUCUGGAAGAACCAAAAUUCCGAGGCCUAUUUUAUCACAGACUCUACAAUCAUGGACCGAUUCCGACCUGGCUGGGUAUACGAGUCCUCAGAUAAGCCACCUGAACAAGCAGACUCAAUCCCUGAAUUAGCACGAAAGCUCGGCAUUGACCCUGCCAAGCUCGACAAGACGGUGAAGGAGUUCAACGCAGCAUGCAACGACAAGCCUUUUGAUCUGAUGUCGCUCGAUGGGAAAUCCACGACUGGCCUUACCCCCAACAAGACUAACUGGGCCAACCCAAUCACAAAAGGCCCCUUCUAUGGUGUUCCGGUGACAUCGCAUCUGACUUUUACCUAUGGUGGGCUAAAGGUAAAUACCGAUUCUCAGGUCCUCAGCACUAAUGGCAUCCCUAUUCCCGGGCUCUACGCAUCGGGUGAGAUGACUGGCUUAUACUAUCAUGAAUAUCCACCAGCUACAUCGUGUUUGAGGUCUAUGGCUUUUGGGAGAGAGGCCGGAAUUGCGAUUGCUAAAGGUUUGGGCCCACGCCCCUUGGCGCCGAAUGGUAGUAAGCUUUAGAGGAGGGAUGUCAGCAUCAGGCGUAUUUGCUUCCGGCAUAUAUUUUGUCCGCGUCCCAUAUAUUUAUAUUCAAUGGCACUUAUUC